AUGACGAAACAAAUUGUUCUGCGGGCGCCCCCGUCUUAUACGGACCGCCGGCAGCCACUCCUGAGCCAAGAAGAAACCGGCUCGCGCCGAGGAAGCAAGCGGGUGGCGGAGGUCGUGGGAGGGACCGCUGCCGAAUGCGUGGCAGUCUGCUGCUGCUGCCCGUGCGGGCUGGUGAAUUUGCUGGUCUUGGCCGUCUAUAAAGUACCGGCGGGGCUAUGUCGGAAGGCACUGAGGCAGAAACGGCGCCGCAAGGUGAAGAAUGGGGGACAUUUGCCGCCCCGGAAAUGCGGCUGCAAUGACGUCGAGCUAUUCCAGCUCCACCCCCUCCCGGGCCCACUUCUCACGGCGGAGUCGGAUAAAGACGUGGUGGAGCUAGAGAAGGAAAUGUGGGACAAAUUUUACAGCACUGGAUUUUGGAGAAGUCCCUCCCAGAGGAGCGACUCCGCCGUAAAUUCGUCGCUGUAA